AUGGGAAAGAUAAAACAAGUCAUAAUCGAAGGACCAAGUUGGAGGACUAAUGCCAUUUUUCUUGUUCUCGCUUCUAAACAAGAAUCACUCCCAAGAGCUGGGAGGAGAGUGAAGAGCUAUCAAACAAAUGGUGAGAUCGAAACAGGUCCAUCUUACAGUGGCAGAGGUGGUGGUCGUAUUCCAUAGACUCUCUCCUUCUUUUUUUGGUUAUCUCUUCACAUUUCAACUUUCCUCUUUUGGUUAUUUUCGAAUCUUUAUGUAAUUUAAAAUUCUGUGUUUCACGAGUAUGUAAGAAAUGGUAAUGUAAUCUUUCCAUUGCUUUUGAACUACUGUAAGUGAUUGUAAACUUGUAGCUCAAAUUCAGAAAAUAAAAACGCUUACAAUUGGUUAUUAUUAUCUUAAGCGAAGUUUCACAAUCUGGAUUGAUCUUCUUCGGACCGAAAAGCCAACAUCAAAAUGCAAGAAUUAUAUGGAAGGUCAGAAAAAUCAAGAAAUAUAUGACAUGUUGAUUUCGAGUUCUUAUAGAAAAUGGCACAAAAAUAAAAAAGGACAAGCAAAACAAACUUGAAGAAGGGAAACAAAAAGAAAGCAAGUAGAUAGAUUGCUCACUAUGUGAAACUCUCUAAAAACUCCAUUUUUAUCUUAUUAUUAAAAUCAUUCGAUGAUAGACUGAAUAACUCCAGCACCAACAGUCUUACCUCCUUCUCUGAUAGCAAACCUCAUCCCUUGUUCACAAGCAACCGGCACAAUAAGCUCAACAACAAUCUUCACUCGAUCACCGGGCAUAACCAUCUUCGACUCCUCAUCCUUGUCGUUCAUAAUCUUCGUCACUUUACCCGUAACAUCCGUCGUCCUCAUGUAGAACUGAGGCCUGUACCCUGCAAAGAACGGAGAAUGCCUUCCACCUUCUUCUUUCUUCAACACGUACACGAUCGCCUCGAACUUGGUAUGCGGAGUAAUCGACCCGGGCUUUGCCAAAACCAUACCUCUCUGAAUAUCAGCCUUUUGAAUACCCCUAAGCAACAAUCCUACAUUGUCACCAGCUAAAGCCUCGUCGAGAAUCUUCUGAAACAUUUCGACCCCAGUGACUGUGUAGCUCCUAGUUUCCCUCAAACCCACUAAGUCUACAGUCUCUCCUACCUUAACCGUGCCUCUCUCGACACGUCCCGUGGCCACUGUACCACGUCCGGUGAUAGAGAACACAUCUUCAACAGCUAACAAGAAGGGCAAAUCGGUUUGCCUCGUCGGGAUUGGGAUGUAGCUAUCAACAGCGUCCAUGAGCUCGUAAAUCUUGUCUACCCAUUUGUUAUCGCCUCUCUUCACACUGGGGUUCUCGGUGAGAGUCUCUACGGCUAAAAGUGCAGAGCCAGAGAUAAUCGGGAUAUCGUCACCGUUAAAUUCAUACGACGAGAGAAGCUCACGCACCUCAAGCUCAACGAGCUCUAGCAACUCCGCGUCGUCUACUUGGUCCUCUUUGUUGAGGAAGACGACCAUGUCGGGAACGCCGACCUGCUUGGCGAGAAGGAUAUGCUCUUUCGUCUGCGGCAUAGGACCAUCGGCGCCGGAGACGACGAGGAUAGCUCCGUCCAUUUGAGCAGCUCCGGUAAUCAUGUUCUUGACGUAAUCGGCGUGACCAGGGCAGUCGACGUGAGCGUAGUGACGGUUCUCGGUCUCGUACUCGACCGUGGCGGUGUUGAUUGUGAUACCGCGAGCUCUCUCCUCCGGCGCGGCGUCGAUCUCGUCGUACUUCUUAGCGACGCUGGAUCCAAUUGAAGCUAGAGCCAUGGUGAGAGCUGCGGUUAGAGUGGUCUUCCCAUGGUCAACGUGUCCAAUCGUGCCGAUGUUCACGUGAGGCUUCUUCCUCUCGAACUUCGCACGAGCAGCUCGCACGGUGAAAGAGCGGCGGGUGGAUUUAGAAGCGGAGGUGGUGGAGGAGAGACUAGCCAAUGAGUAUGAAGGGAGGAAGGAGGAAGAGAGAUUUAGGGUGUUGAGCUUGCCGGAGGUGGAAAUGGCGGAAACAGCGGCGGGGCAGAGAGAAGGGGAAGGAGAGGAGUAGGAACAUAUGAGUCUAGAGGAGGAAGAACAAGCGGCUGGAGCCGAAAUCGCCAUUGGAAGACGAAUUGGAGCAGAGGAGAAAUCGAGAAUCUAGGGUUUUGAAAUUUGGAGGAUUUUUGGAGGAGAAGAAGGAGAUUUGGGGAUAGAGUGAGAUUGUAUAGUGUUAUCUCUUCAGAAGAAAAUAAAAGAAAAA